UCGGACACGCUCAGUCGUUUUCAGGUAGUCGAGGUGAAAGGUUGCAUCAGUGAGCUCGAUUUCCUCGUCGAGCAGUGAAUGAAUUGGACGUGAGCUACGUAAGAGCAAUUCAUGACUGCUUGCUCGUUGAACAGAUAACUACGCUUGGUUUCAUAUUGCCCAGAUGAGAUUAGUGUUGGACAUUGUGAUAUUUGUCGAAAAUAAGCACUUCUGCGGACAAUGUGUUGGACAUGGAAUACGCAAGAUCGUCAUCGCAACAUCAUAGCUGCCGCUGAGAUUUGGACUAGACCAGAAUGCCCAAGAGACUAUAAAUAAUACAAUCAUCACGGAACCGAGCCCUGGUGCCCUAAAGGAUGACCUUCAGAGAGCCCCAGCACAACUCUGCUGCAUUGGCAUAAGAAUAACCUGCAGGAAAUUUCAAUGACGUCCAGCAAUAGAGCCCUAAGGGCAGCCCUUAGGAUCCUUCAACGCAUCUCAGCCAGAAAGACUGAAAGACAGCCUCCAGGGAUCUCGAUUCAACCCAACUAAAAUGCUUGAAGGACACCCUUCUUCCUUCAAGGGUCUUCACGCAACCCAUCGAGAAUGCCCUAAGCGAAAUCCUCGGGGUAUUCAAUGCAAUCCCUCGAGAAGGUCCUUAUGGUGACCUUUAGGAGUCUGAAGUUGCACGUAAGGAGAAAAUCGAAGACCCAAACGUCGAACCAAGAUGAAUCUGUUCCUGAAGACCCUGUACAUGCUCACCGUCAUGGUCAUGACCGGCAUCAUGAUGGUGAUCGUUCUGCUCUGCACGCCGGAGUUUCAUACGAAGCUCUCUGGGGGCUUCUACCAGCAGUCUGACAUGUCCUAUAGUCAGUUCAUAUUGCAAAGGUUUUCUUAUUAUUUUAGCCUGGACAACCCUGGCAUCUACUUAGCUCAGGUCACGGAAGGCGAAGAUACCCCGAAGAGUCGUACUGUCAAGAAGGAAACCGCCUGGGACUACCACGGAAACAACACAGGGUAUCUAAAAAUCCUGAUAGACUACUCACGACCCCAGCACGACCCGUGGCCCAGCUCCGUGGAGUGCAUGGGACUGCGCGUGUCCUUCGCCAGGAGAAGGACCUUGCCAAGGACGGCCCUGGCCUCCUUCCCGGGAUCUGGCAACACUUGGUUCAGGUACCUGAUCCAGAGCACCUCGGGUCUCUUCACUGAUCCAUUGUAUAACGAUCGCCAGUUGGCUAAGAAAGGAUUUUAUGGAGAGAGCGAUCCACUGGAAUGUGGGUGUACGAUAGUCGUCAAAACUCAUGGAUACACCCUGGGUGUUGUACCGAAGUCAAGAGACAAGAGGUCGAAAAUCGUUGAAAAAUUCUACGGUCGUGGGAUUCUUUUGCUUCGGAAUCCUUACGACACCUUGAUUGCUUUCAGGAAUUACCAGUACGGAGGGCACUUGGGAAUCGCAAGUCCUCUAGCGUUCCAUGGCCAAGACUGGGCACGGUUCGUUCAAAGCAAAGUGGAGAAGUGGGGGGCAUUUGCGAACGACUGGGUCACUGGGGCCAGAAAUCUCCAUAUUGUACACUUCGAGAACAUGCAGGUGAAUCCGAAACACGAGUUGCUGAAGAUCCUGCAGUUCCUCCACUUGAGAGUCGACCCUCUUCGUCUCAAGUGCGUCUUGGCCAAUUUGAACGGCGCCUUCAGGAGAGUCACCCCGGAAAAUACCUUCUACAGAAAAAAGGACCCAUUCACUCCGGAACUCCACGCAGCUGUCGAAAAGCACAUAAGGGACGUGAACGACGCCCUCAUACAGCGUGGAUGGCCGCCUCUGCCGACGCAUCUCUACAACUAUCACGUCGAAGUAGAAGACCCCUUGAACUCCGCGCAAAACGACCAAGAGGAAGAAGGCAGCCACGCCACGCUCAAGGCUCCCCUCGCCCCCCAUUCGCCAAAGGUCUCCUCCAACAUCUCCAGAAAUCCCAAAGCUUCGAAAGACAUUCAAGACGGGUCCGGGAAGCGAAAAGUUUUCUCGGCCAUCACGAAUAGCAUCAGAGCCGAGAAUUCGAUAAGAUCGGCGACCAACAAGCGCGAGAGUAACUCCAAACCGACCGGUGAAAAGGUGUUCAAAUUGUAUCCGUGGAUGAAGAGCUGAUGAAACUGGUACAUGACUCUUUUCACUGUGGAAACAAAAAAGAAUCGCUAUCGUUACAGUUGUUGCUAACGCUUCUAACCAGGUCUGGUAUACAUCAUCAUCAUCAUCAUCAUCUGGUCUGAUUUUCAACUGUUCUUGAAAGAACGCUUAUUCAUGCUGUGCUCUUUCUGAUGAAGCUUGAUCAGUAUUAUUUGCGGCACAGGGCCAUGAAAAAAUGUUGGCUUUUACACUAAAGGGCGCACUUGAAGAUAAGUGCAACUUACAUUGAAUGCUUUCCUCAAUAUGAGUUCAGUUUUCUCUAACUCCUCAAAUUAUUAUCUUUAGCAGUACUGGUAGUGUUGGUAAUAAUAGCAGAAUAGAGAAGGCAGUGAUAGAAGCAGCACCUUAAAGUAAUAUUGCAGUUACAUCUUCUUUGCUCUUUAGCAGCAGCCAAUAAGUGAGAAGAAAUGUCGUACAAGAACUGAGAAUUUACCCUACAGUUUUCUGUAGGGUAAAUUCUCAGAUCGUUGGCGAAGAGCCAAGGAUAUCUAUGCAGGGAUCAUGAGUUACAAAUCGUAAUUAAAGUCUCUAUGAAACUUAGCUUCCAUAGACAGUAUUGCAAAAAGUUACCCAUAAGCUCAGUACAACUGAAUGGGUAAGUUUUUGGCCCUAGCUCUGACGAGUCCUAAUUAUGAUAUAGAAGAAUUUUCAGUCGCAGUAGUUUCAUCUGGUUUCCUAGAUGUGAGUGAGCGAAAUUCAAAGGCUUUUAAAUUUACACUCCAUGCAAAUGUCUUCCUGAGCCGAGCCAAAAAGCUCUCAAUUCAGAGCUGAAGUUCCAACCAUGAACCAGUAAUACUACUGACGUGACAACGAAAAAAACAAAAAAACAUGAAACAUGAGAGUUGUUUACAGAACCCUUAGCAUUAGCUCUUCACAAGGGAAACGUUUGAAAGCCCUUAUAUUUCAACUCUGGUUGUAAGUUACGAUCGCCUAGAACAAAGAUUUAAACAUUGUCAAGAAAUAUGCACACCGUACAAAAUUAUUUCAUAGACUGGACUGCCGGGAUAAUAAAGUCAUAUGUGACUAAUCCAACUUUGUUAGCAAACCUUCACAUCUAACUAGCACAUUAACUAUUUAUUCAUGGAGUAAAUAAUAAACCGAUGAAUUAUAUAGGAGUAUAAAUACAAACACAGACAAUAGAUUUUUAAAAAAUGCAUGAGGUGACAGUAGUCCAUUUUCCAUUAGCUUCUUGAUGAAAGAGUUGGUGAUAGAGGCAGAUGACGCUACCUUGCUCUCUUUGCUUCCUUAAUUUCAUCUUCUCCCAGUGAAUUCUUCCAACAUUCUGACCCCAACCUUCCUUUGUCAUUUUUUUUCCUUUUCUUUUUAAGGUUGGGUUGGGUUGUACCAUAUUUCUGUCCGUUCACUACCAAUAUAUAUUAGUAAGCAACGCAACAUUUAGUAAUGUAAUUGGUAAACCAAAGCAAUAACAAAGGACAUGACAGCACAAGGGAUUAACUAAACUACGCACCUUGAAUUCGAAACGUCCAUAAAGCUCGCUGUGAACCUCCUUAUCUGUCUACCUACCUGUCUGUUUCGUCAUAUGAUAACCUGUGCUUAUAAGGUGGGCUUGCCAUAAACCAAAGAGUGAGAUCUGUUUGUCAUGGUAGCUACUUCAUAUCUUAAAUGCUAAUAUAUACAAAUAUACUUGAAACCCUGUCAAAACAGUACGCUUUAAAAUCAGCACCAGUGGUGGUUAUCAGUGCUUUUGAGUAAGUCCAGAUAUUAUUCUACAGUGAACGCACCUGUCAGGCUUGCCAACGUCACCGCCAAAUUCAUUUCUUUUUCUUCCUUGGCAGUUGCCAAGGCUUUUAGGCCCUUGAAUCUUUUAUGAGCCUCCUUCCCGUUGUUAGCAGCUAAUAAGUUGCAAGAACAUUAAGAAGUGUAAGUAAAUAAAGUACAAGAGAUUAAGUUUGAGCAUUUUUGAUAUAUUAAUUUGUACAGAUAUAAAUACACUGGCUUCGAAUUUCUCGGUAGAAAAUAUAGUUUUGUAUAUCAUUCAUCCACUCGCACAGUUGAUUUAUUUGUAAAUUUGCCGUAUGUUAUAAAUACAUGUUAAUUAAAAUACUAUAUCUAGCAUCAAAUAAAAUUAUUUUCAUUAUGGCAAAAUUGUUGUUUC